CCACAACAGCGAUUCUAUCAGUAGGAUACGAAAAUCGACGCAGAUAAGUUAACCGAAUCGCGCGGUGGUUGAUCCGAAUUUUUCAACAGCCAGUAUUUCAUUAUAAGUGUGAUGAACGUGCCAUAGAGCUGUGGUGAAAAAUCGUACGAAAUCAAAAAGUGAGAGUACCAUGGAGAAUCAAUCAACGGGAAGAGGACGCGGCUCAACAGGAGCCAACCGUGUAGGAAGCGGACGUAGCUCGUCGAGACCUUACCAAGCAGGUAGUGGCCGGUUAGGUGCAAUCCCAAAAACGGAUGCUUGGUCAUCAAGCCAGACUACAUGGAGAGAACGCCCUUAUUCAUCUUCGGCCAACUCAUUUCGAGGAAUAAAUCGCGGUCGAUUCGGUCCCGGUCCAAACUUUUCACAACACCAAAGUCAGCCAAGGCAAUCCAAUUAUAUAAGGCAACUAGAUUUUCAAUAUCUAGUGAGAUUGACAAGUGAAGAUGUAGAGCCAUCUGAAGUGAUCCGAUGUCUGGAAGAUGAUGAUUUAACGCAACAUCUCAAGGAAAACUUGGGAAACGUCGAGUAUUUGGAGCUCUUAAUAGUUGCCCUUGGAGGAUUCUGUAAGAAGAACGGAACCUCGCAGUUCAGAGAAAGCUUUGUCUCCAUCGUGAAGAUAUUAGCGGCUCAGAAUGUCUUCCCACACGUAACUUCAAUCAUAAUCAACAUUCCCAUAUCUCGUGCAGUCAAUUUGCCCGGCAAGGAAGAGCGUUUGAAGCGGUUAACAGCUGCCGUCUUUUAUCUGACAACAGAAAUAUUGGUGAUGAUGCCCAACUUGGGUUGUCAGUGUUUGGGACAAAAUUUUUUCGUUGACAUUAUUUCUCUGAAAGAUAUGCCUUCCAUUAAAAAUUUGAAUGCCAAUGAUGCUUUCGAUAUUUUUGAAGAAGGAAUUAUACAGUUGCAGACGGCAUGGAGUCAACAUAUCCCCGUGGAAAUAAAGAAAGACGAUCGUCGUCUUCGUAUGGAGGAAUAUAGAAACGAUUUGGCUCUUCAAGAUCCGCCAAAUAAUUUCCGGGAGCUGAAUGUAAUGCCUAACUGGGAGGACGUCUGUUUAGACGUGGAGCCUUUUCUUCGUCCAAAUAUCGUCAAGGGAGUGUAUCCCGACGUAGCCACCUACCUAGACAUUCAAUUUCGUCUUCUUCGCGAAGAUUUCUUUAAUCCACUCCGUUGCGGCUUAUUGGCGUACAAAAUUGAAUCGGAUCGAAAACACUCAAGAAUGCGAAAUCCAGACAAUAUCCGGCUUUAUUAUGGAGUGCGAAUUCUUGAAUAUGAUAUGCCCGGAGACUGUUACACCAUGCAGUUCUCAAAUGCGCAUUUGAAAAAAAUUAACUGGGAGACCAGCAAACGCUUUAUGUUCGGUUCGCUCCUAUGUUUAUCGUCGGACAAUUUUGCAUCAUUACAUCUCUUCACUGUGGCUGAUCGCAAUCCUAAGCUUCUAUAUGACGGAAAAAUUAAAGUCAAGUUUGAAGGAGGAAUUUUAUCAGCAGAACUAAAAAAGCAGACCUUCGUCAUGGCGGAAUCGACGGUGUUUUUCGAAUCGUAUCGUACAAUUCUCACGGCAUUACAGCGUAUCAGCUUAACUGAUUUCCCAUUAGAGGAAUACGUCUUAGGUCGGAAAAUUUUACCAGAAAUGCCCAGCUACUUGUUAGAUAAAGAAAUGCCCCUUUAUGAUUUGACAUUCAGUUCUACUGAUUGUCCAAGUGAUGACGAAGAAGAUGAAAACAUGAGAAUCGUAACUGAAAUUAAUAAUUUUCUGGAUACCGAUGGUGAAGCUGGCACACGAGUCCAGCAAGUUCCGAUCUUGGAACCAAGAAGCCGUCUAGAUGCAAAAGAGCUUGGGCUAGAUCAGAGUCAGUGUGCUGCUCUGUACGCUGCUCUAACGCAAAAGAUUACUGUGAUUCAGGGUCCACCCGGGACUGGCAAAACUUAUCUUGGCCUUCGUAUCGUCCAAACUUUAUUAAAAAACAAGCAUAUCUGGAUCGACGGACGCGUGCGGUCAUCGCCUAUUCUCGUCAUUUGCUACACCAAUCACGCUUUGGACCAAUUUUUGGAGGGAAUUUCAAAAUUCACUCAACAGAUCGUACGGAUUGGUGGCCAAAGCAAGUGUGCCGCACUAGAGCCAUUUUCUUUAAUGGCGUGGAAGAAGCGGCCAGGACAUGGCGCCCAGCGGGAUACCAGAAGAUGGAUUUUCGAAAUUCACAAUAAAUUGCGUGAAUACGAAAGAGAACGAGAAAUCAUCAGAGGUGUUACGAUUGUUAUUAGUUCCCGUGGUUUAAUUCACGAAGAUUCUCUACUGAACAUGAAAAUCAUUCCACAAUCGAUGCACAAUAAGUUUGGUGUUUUAAUGAAGUCCCUUAGAUAUGGUGGUGAUGUCCAAUGGACAGCUAUGGGACUUUGGUUACAAAUUUACUGGAAUGAUGGACUAGGACAAAUGGUUAGCCUUUUGGAACGAAAUGAUGUCACUAAUAACAAGCAUAACACUGUAAGAUCCUCGAAUGUAAGUGAUACAUUAUUAGUGGAAGAAACGGCAGAUGAUGAAUGGGAUAAAGAACACAUCGAUGAAAUUCAAGCCUUUCGUAAAGUGGAAGAAGAGGAUUAUUUAGCAUCAUUAAGAGCACAAAAGUUUUCCAGAAAUAACGAAUUUGAAAACGAAAACAAUUUUCGUUUUCUUGUGAAAUUUUGCAACAAAUUCAGUGAAACCGAAACAUUGAUUAAGAAAUUUCAAUAUUCAUUAGACACCGUUGAAGGAGAAGAUGCUGAAUGGAUGGCAUUACAAAUUCGAGAAUUGCAAAAUCAAAUGUUUUUUCUGCGUCAGCUGCUCCAAGGCGUCCCUACACUCGACGAAAAACAGUUGAACGAGUUGUACCAAUAUGACCUAAUGCAGAUUCCGUUACUCCAGCGAUGGAUGAUGUAUAAUUCUUGGAAAGUCAAAGCUCUUGAAAUUCAAGAAGAGCGAGCUGCUCAACUUGAAAAGUUAUACUUUGAAAAUGCCAACCGGUUGAAAGACGUCCGAAAUUUAGAAUCGGCUGAGAUAUGCGAAAAUGCUGAUAUUGUAGGAUUAACUACCACGGGAGCAGCCAGACAAAGGGCUCUUUUGAAUCACCUUAAACCUAAAAUUGUUGUGGUCGAGGAAGCCGCAGAAGUGUUGGAGUCGCAUGUAGUUUGCGCAUUAUCGACUUCAUGUCAGCAACUGAUUCUCAUCGGAGACCAUCAGCAACUGAGGCCACCUGUAACAGUAUACCGAUUAGCUAAAGACUACUUCCUUGACGUCUCUUUGUUCGAGAGGCUAAUUAAGAAUGGAAUGGAGCCUUGCGUUUUGGGUGUGCAACAUCGCAUGCGUCCGGAAAUAGCUCGACUGAUUGUUCCCUCGAUCUAUCCGACAUUGGAAAACCACUCGUCAGUUUUAGAAUAUCCUGGCGUACGAGGCAUGGCGUCAAAUGUGUUCUUCCUCACGCACACGGAACAAGAAGUCGAAGAUAAAGAAGGAAAAAGUCAUUUGAAUCCGUAUGAAGUGGAUCUUUCCCUGGCCUUGGCCCGACAACUUAUUAUACAGGGAUACAACCCAAAUCAAAUCACCAUAUUGACCACGUAUUCCGGACAACUUCUCCAUUUUUUUAAGAUCCGCCGGAGUCAUUCUGCUGUCCAGUCUGUCCGUAUUUCCGUGGUUGAUAAUUUCCAAGGCGAAGAGAAUGACAUUAUCAUUCUGUCUCUUGUGCGGAGCAAUGUUGACGAAAAUAUCGGAUUUCUUCGCAUCGAAAAUCGAAUCUGCGUCGCCCUGUCGAGAGCUAAACACGGUUUCUACAUGAUUGGGAAUAUGCAAAAUCUCCAAGGAAAGAGUAAAUUGUGGAAAGGGAUAAGUCAGAUUCUUGAUUCCGAUGGCCAACUAGGACCGGACUUCAGUUUGAAAUGUGAAGUUCAUGGCGUUGUUACUAAAGUUCGUCAAGUGACAGAUUUCCCACCAGAAGGAGGGUGCAUGAACAAGUGUUCCUUUAAAAUGUCGUGCGGACAUACAUGUCCCAAGAUUUGUCAUGCGGAUGAUCGUGAUCACGCCCUCGUCAAAUGUAAAGAAAAUUGCACUCGCUUUUGCUCUGUCGGACAUCCUUGUCCAAAGAAGUGCUUUAAAGAUUGCAACCCUUGUAUGGAACGAGUGACUAAGAUGCUUCCUUGUACACACGAGCAAAUGGUGUUGUGUCACCAAGAUCCGGCAAAAGUGUUUUGCCAGACGUCUGUUUGGAAGAUCCUGCCUGAUUGCAGCCAUGGCAUGGAUUUGCCCUGCGGUGCUUCUGUUUCUGAAGCUGUGUGUCCUGAAAUGUGUGGCAUGACUCUUGAUUGUGGCCACAUUUGCUCACUUCCUUGCCAUAAAAGAAGUUCUCAUGAUGAAAUACAGUGCCAACAGCCUUGCCAGCGUGUAUGUUCUGAUGAACAUGGAUGUGAGAAGAAAUGCUUUGAAGACUGUGGCAAUUGCCUCGCGAAAACGAAGAAACUUCUGCCGUGCGGCCAUGAGGGAGAAGUGGAGUGUAGCCAGAAUUUAGCCGAAGUCAAUUGUGCCAUAAAGGUCAUGAAAAAUCUCACAAAUUGUGAACAUUUGGUUGAGAUUGAAUGCGGGAAAUCAACGGAUGGCUACAAAUGUAAGAAGCCGUGCGAAAAGCUUUUGUGUGCCGAUGGCCAUAUUUGCAAAAAACCCUGCUUUGAACCAUGUGGAAAUUGCACCGUCAGAAUGAGUAGGGAACUCAAUUGUGGGCACACAACGACAUUUGAAUGCUAUGUGGAUCUUUCGAACGUGAAAUGUCGUGUCCCGAAGGAAUGUGUCCUGCCCUUGUGUGGGCAUUCAGCGACCAUUCACUGUGGACAAGAGCCAACCGAAGCGAAUUGUCCAUUACCUUGCGAUGUUCGACUUGAAUGCGGCCACACUUGCACAUUGAAAUGCCACGUCAAAAAAGAUCCUGAUCAUCAGGAUUAUCAGUGUAAGAAGGAAUGCGGGAGGAUGAAACAAGGCUGUAAAAAGGAGCACAGGUGUGGGAAGAAAUGUUUCGAGGAAUGUGUUCUUUGCACUGAAAAGUGGCAACGAUCUUUGCCUUGUGGACACACCAUUUUCACCGAGUGCCAUCGCAACGACGACGAAAUUUUUUGCUCGAAAUCAAUGACGAAGAUAAUUCCGGAAUGCGGGCACGAAGUAGACUUACCUUGCUCCACUGAACCAAUCCGAAAUUUGUGCAAGAAAAUGUGUGCUUCGGAGUUGCCUUGCGGCCAUUUAUGCAAGAAAAAAUGCUGUGAACCUUGCAAUCAGGCUGAUUGUGAAGAACCCUUAACAACCACCAAAGUGAACAUUUGCGGUCAUCAUGUCACUUUGAGUUGCAACGAUUUUCACAAAGUCGGUGGCGUCCCUACGGAGAAACAAAUUCAAUCCCAUCUUACAACCUGCUUGAAACUGUGUAAAGCCACGCUUGAUUGUGAACAUCUUUGCAAAGGGACCUGUGGCGAAUGUUUCAACGGACGAGUUCACCGUGCGUGUGAUGAAAAGUGCGGCCGCUCUCUGGUUUGCGGUCACAUUUGCAACGUCAACUGUGGCAUUUCUUGCCCACCGUGUGUACUCAAGUGCCAGUAUUCUUGCUCUCACAGUAAGUGUGGACACAAGUGCUGCGAACCGUGUACGCCAUGCAAGGAGAAGUGUCCAUGGAGCUGCGAGCACAAAACUUGUACGAAAAAAUGUGGCGAGCCAUGUAAUCGUUCACGGUGCGAUGAGCCGUGCAAGAAAACACUUCCGUGUUGCCACUCUUGUGCGGGACUGUGCGGUGAAAUAUGUCCACCUCUGUGCCGCAUUUGCGACAAGGAUAAACUGACGGAAUUCACUUUGCUGGGAAAUGAAGACGAGGAAGACGCCAAGUUCGUUUUCUUGCCGGAUUGUGGGCAUUGCAUUGAAGUGGAAGGAAUGGACAAGUGGAUGGAUAUAGACGGAGGCGGUCAAAUCCAGCAAAAGUGCUGCCCCCGUUGCAAAACACCAAUCAAGAUCUGCAUGCGAUAUGGUGACGUUAUCAAGAACGUCUUCGACGAUAUAGCGAAAGCAAAAAAGAAAAUCAUCCAAUCGAAAGGCAAUCCGUUGGAAUUUUUUACCCACUGUUCUGUCAAGUUGACAAGAUGCAGAAACCUUGUAAGAAAAUGUGAGGAGCUAGGGAGCUCGACAGUGGGAGAAAUCGACAAGAUUUUGGGCUUAAUUGAUCAGCAAGUAAAAACGAAGAAAAAUGGCAAAGGGAAAAACGUCAAUCCUUCACUGGGGUCGGAUGUUCGUUUUCAAAUUAAAGUAAAUUUGGAUGUUUUAGAGCGAGUUUUAGAAAUGUUGGUAAAAAUGACUACGCCAACUUCGCUCUCUCAUCUGCUCACUCCAUCUCCACCUGCUCAAAAAAUGACUCCAGAAUUUAUGAACGAAUUCUUCAACCUUGUUAAAAAACUGCUACGUUCAGUUGUGGAGAGAGUUCGAAUUUCUACAAGAGAAUACCAGGCAGCUUCUCGGGAAUUGGAUCGAUUCGAAUACGUUCGCGCGUAUUUUGUUUUAAAGAGCACACCCAGUUUUCCUGUACUUGGCGCACCAUCUCCUGAAAACGAAUUGAUUCAGCGUCUCUUGAUGAAGAAUAUCCGCGUGCUUGAAGAUGAACAAAAAGUUGAACUACGAGCUGCGAUGGAAACCUUGGGAGUCAAGCUGAAAACAGGACUCGGAAUAACCGACAGUGAGCGAAGAGAGAUCGUUCAAGCAUUGGGGAUGAGACAAGGGCAUUGGUUCAAAUGCCCCAACGGCCACAUCUACGUCAUUGGGGAUUGUGGAGGAGCCUCGGAGGAAAGUCGGUGUAACGAGUGUCAUGCUCGUAUUGGAGGAACUGGACAUCGAUUACUCGACGACAAUAGGCUUGCGGGAGAGAUGGACGGCGCAGUUGGUCCCGCUUGGCCUCAGUGAAAUAGAGCCUUAUUUUUAAUUCGCACAGUUAAGCAAGCAACCCUAUAUUCCCCGCUUUUCCCUUACUUUUCUAUCCUGUUUGAUUACUGCUAAGACUAUCAAUUAAAACCUAUUUUACCAAUAGUUGAGUAAAAUACAUAAUACCAUGAUAUACUUUCCCAUUCCACGUCUGUUCACAAUAAAAUUCAAUUUCUACCCAAAAAUUUCC